UGCAGGGGUUUCUGGAUGUGUGGGCUGUUGGGCAGGUUCUGUGCUCGCUGGGGGAGAAUGACUCUAAUAUUGAAGUUUUAAAGGAUAGGUGUAGUUUUUGUUUUUAAAGUGUGUAAAAGAGGAUGUUUUUAAAUGGGUAAAACGCUUUCAAAUGGGAUUUUCAAAUGAUAUUUAUUUGGUAGUCAUGAAAAUCUGUUUAUUUAUUUAUUUGAUUGUGUAAUGUAUUAGUUUUGUUCCGACUCUUUUGCAGGGUGGGUGUAUGUUUAAAACAAAUGCAAAUAAAAUUUGUUUUAAAAAUCAAAUCUUCUUCUUCUUCUUCUGUGGUGGAGGUGUGUUUUUGAAGAGGGAAGAGGGAUUUUCACUUGUAUUUCGUUUGUUUCUGUUUCAAUCGUUUCUUUAACUGUAUGAUCUUCAGUGGGGAUAUUUGUACUCUUUGCAAGUACGGUUAAUACUUUUUCGUGAGUGUUUUUCCGUGCCUCGUGGCGGGGAUGGCGUCCUUCGGGGCGCCGCCGGUGUCUCUGAGACACGGAGUGCGUUUGGUGGCUCAGGCCGCAAGCACAGUGGAGCAGGUGCUGCUGGCUGUGGGGGAGCAGGUCGGUCAUGUAAACAUCUCCUAUGCUUCCCGCAUGAACAAAGCGGUCGUGGUCUUUUUGAAAGACCAGAAAUAUGUGACGGAAUUUAUUGAGAGCGGAUUAAUGGUAAACGAGGAAUAUAUUCAAGUUUCGCCGUUGGCAACACCGUCCACGCGGAUCACUGUGUCUGGCGUUCCUCCAUUCAUCCCGAAUGAGGCGCUGGAACGGGAGCUGAAGCGUUUCGAAAGCGUGUGCGGGGUCCUCAGGAUGGUAGAUGGGUGUGUAUGCGGGUGUGAGGACAGCAGCAGCACACACUCAUGGAGUUGGAGGGCUCUGAACAGCCAGCCUCAGUGGACGUGGACCAGUGCCUGACUCUGGACUGCGUGGCCUUCCUCUGCCUGCUGCUGGUGGCCAUGAUCAUCCGCUGUGCCAAGGUCAUCAUGGACCCCUACAGCGCCAUCCCCACCUCCACCUGGGUGGAGCAGCACCUGGAGGACUGACACACUCAAACAUACCUGCUCCUGUGAUCCUCCAGGAAAGGAAGGUUCAUAAAGAGUUCUGUUAUGAGCCAGUGCUUGUUUACGAAACCCAAUAACUCCACACAAAUUUGAUUCAAGAAACACAAAAACAAACAGGCAACAGGGGAAAUUAAAAAAGACGAAGGAAGCCAAUAAGAACAUGUUUUUCCUGGUACUGAUCUUAUUUUAUACAAAUGCACAAUCUAAAAUGUUUCUUUUUUACAUUACAUUGCAUUUAGCUGACGCUUUUAUCCAAAGCGACUUACAAUAAGUGCG